AAACCCUUAAGUUCAUUUUGUUGCUACACGCGAAAUCUUUGGAAUUUCGCGGAGUUGCGACUGCCUCCCAAGCGUUCCUGCCCGCCUGGACAGUUUUCUGUCGGAGUGAUUUCUUCGACCAAAUGUGAUCGCGAAUCGAGAGUGUAGGUUCUUGUGCUAGCAGAUUCUUUAUGAAUCGCAAGCCCUUCACAGCAGCGGUUGAACGCAAGAAGAGCGGCGUGAUGAAGAAGAAGACGAGGGUGGAGGCUCCCCUGCCCUCUAGCAAUGGAAGUACUGCGGCACCUGCUUCAGAAGAGGAGCCUUUCAGCAAUGGGGGCAGUCCUGGGAAAGUGAGUAAGAAGAAGAUGAAGGUGGACAUUUCUCCUUCCCCAUCGAAAGCUGCAAAUAAGAAGGUUCACGAGAUCAAAUCUCCUGGGAACGGAGUAGAAGGCGGGGAUAGGAUGAAACACAAGAAGAAACACGUCCAGAAGGAGAAAUCUACCUCGAGCAACGGCUCCUUAGAUGCAGCAGUAGAUGCUAAACCUGUUGUGAAAGGAAGCAAAGGCGUGAAGGGUAACAAGAAGAAAGGGCCGAAGGUGAAGGCCGAUGAAAGUCCUGCUCUGCCAAGUAAUGUCGCCGGCGAUACUUCAGUCGUAUCACUGAAGGGAUCUAGUCUUUUGGUGAAAGCGGGAGCUGCUCCCGAGCCGGUGGGGAUGCAAAUUUACUGGAAUCUCUCAUCCGUAGAAGCAAGUGUUAGAGAAGUAGCGUCUCUGGCGCUUGUCAAGGAGCUUACAGCUGCUCAGAAGGACUACGAGGAAAGAGGGUUGGGCAAGGAGGAGAGAGCUGCUGAGGCCGUAAUUUUAGGAGAAGGAAAAGUUGAAGAAGAUGGACUUGAAGAUUGCUCUCCCGCCGUGCAGUAUGCUCUGCGACGUCUUGUGCGUGGUGUUGCCUCAUCUCGUGAGAGUUCAAGACAAGGAUUUGCCUUGGCGCUUGCUGCCGUCCUGGGAACGGUACCAUGUAUUGAGGGUGCAGCGGUCAUCAAGUUGAUCGAAAAGAAUUUAGAAGUUGGUGCAUCCAUGAAAGGGCCUGAGGUGAGGGAUGCAUUGUUGGGUCAGCUGUUUGCUUAUGGAGCUCUGGUACGAUCAGCCAGGCUCAUCGGAGAAGCAAGUAUGGAUGAGCAGCAAGAGCUUGCGAAAGAAGUGACGCAACAACUUCUUUUGCUCGCAAAGAAGAAAGCCUUUCUUCGUGAACCUGCAACCUACCUGGUCGCAGAGCUUGGAGAGAAGCUUGGAGCUCAGGGUUUGGAAAAGGGUCUGUGUGCUGCACCACUAUUCUCGGAGUUCAUGAGCGCAGAGUCAGACAGUUUCAGUCCGGACACUCUUCUCCUAGCUUUGAGGCUUCACAAAAAGCUGCCCCCUUCCGUGCGAAGUUCUUGCUCACUUAUUCCCGAGUCCGGCAACUUCGGUGACAUGUUCGAACCGAGGAAUCUUCCACGUCUUGUGACAUGCCUUCAAGAAUCUUCAUGUUCGCAUCCCAGGGUCCACUCCGUGUGGCACUAUCUGCUGGAGAUACUGUUUGCUCAACAAUCAAGUCAAGCUGAACUUUUGAAACCCAGUAAGAAGGGUAGGAAGAAGAGGAGCUUGGACACUGAGUCAAACUUGGAGACGAAGAUAGCCACGUUCUGGAGUGUAGUUGUGGAAGGUGCUUUGAUCACAUCGUCGCACGAAAGGAAGCAUUUGGCAAUGCAGCUGGCGCUCUUGUUCCUUCAAAGGUUACCGGCUCUUACAUACGCGAAGUACAUUCUGUCAAAGAACUUUGUGACUUGCCUGUUGGACUCUACGGCCUCGAAGGAUAACCUUCUCUUCAAGGCUGCGCAGCAGUGUAUUGGAGACAUGUGCUUGUGGGCUAAAUCCGGCGAAGAUCGAUGCAUACAACUUAUUUUGGCUUUCCAGUCACAUAGUGAUGGCAAGUUUGAUCACCUUACGAAGACCCAGUCUAUCAGAACGUUGCUGUCUGGUCUGUCCACAAUUUCCAGCUACCAAACGCUCUACAAGGCACUUGUAGAUUUUUGCAGUACUGCGGAGAACAUCGAUGAAGGUGCUGUUCGGGGUGUAGGAACAGGCUCUAAGAAGCAAAAAAUUCCAGCUGAAGAUGCAUCGGACGGGGAAGGUAGUGACGAUGAGAAAGCUGGUGAUAAUGGUCGUAGAAAAUGGGCGAUGGAUCUUUUACGUGUUCUUCCACAGCAAGCGUGGACAAAACUCAAAGUUAAUAUUGUGGUAGAGGAGCUGGUCAUGAAACAUAUGCCAUCAUUGACUCCUGCGAAGCCUCUCACUGAGAAUGAGCAACAAUCAGUCGACAAGCUUAAGUCUGUUUUGCUUCAACUUAGUACAGCGUUAGAUGGGGUGGAAUCAGCGGAUCAAAAGGAGAGGCUGCAGGCAAUGAUAUCUAUUAUCGUACAGCUGCUGUUCGAAUCUCUUUUGACACCAAAUGUUGCCGUCGAAUCCGCCCCUGAAAUCAGCAUAUGUUGCAAGAAGGCUUUUGGGGAUCUCGUCGACGUGGAUGUGGACUCAGAUACCGAAGAGGGAUCUGAGGCACCCGCCUUCAUGGACGUCUUAGUGGAUCUCUUGUUGUCCUUACUUGCUGAGUCGUCAGCGCCUGUCCGUCUCGCUGCUGAACAGGUUUUCAAGUCCUUCAGUGGUGAACUCACAAGCUCUGGCUUGGCGGACAUGUUGCGCAUUGUCAAGAAAAAUUCUACGCCUCGUCGACACAAACCUCUUGUUGAGGUUGAAAAUGUGAAAGAUGACGACGAGGAGAUCGUGGAUGUCGAAGAUAGUGACGACGAGAUGGGUGAAGAUGGCGAUGACGACGAUGCUGAGGACGGCGGAUCAGAUGAGAAUGACAGUGAUCAAGAGGACGAUGAUACGUCUCGGAAGGAUGGCGGCGGUGUGGUAGGUGUUCUAGGGGAUGCAAAGAACAUGAAGAACGAAGACGAUGACGAAGAAGAUGAGGACUCUGAAAUGUCGGAUUUGGACGAUGAGGCAAUGUUCAAGUUUGACAAGCAUUUGGCAGUAAUUUUGAAACAUCGGAAGCAGGGUGGCACGGAUGGAACAGACGAUGCCAAAGAUGCGCAAACACAGUUGAUGCAUUUCAAAUUUAGGGUCCUCGCCUUGUUGGAGUUUUUUGUGCAGAAGCAGUCCGACAAUCUGUUGGUUCUCACCAUUCUGCCCUCCCUGCUUCAUGUUUUUGUGAAUUCCUGCACGACAGAUGGGAACUCACAGGUAGCAGACAGAGUAGCUUCCAUUUUGCUACAGAAGCUCUUCAAAGGCAAGCAUUAUCCCAAGAGCUCACAAGUUGACCAAUCUGCAUUGAAAGACCUAUUGAAGAAAGCCUUGAAAUUGGCUUCUCGCUCGACCAUCAAAAGGGUUUGUAACUUGGCUGAAAAUUGCACUUACUGGCUUCUCAAAGUGAUCCUAGGGAACGCCGACAAAGAACAGGACAAGGAAGUGGAGGAGAUACUUUUGCUGGCUUUAGAAGACUUCUUUGAGCACAAGAAGUGCAAAUUGUCAUCCGACUUUUUCAAACAGUGCUGCACUCGAUUCCCCUCGUUAGGCAAUUGUUUGCUUGGAUCUAUACUUGAGAAGUGUGUCAGUGCUCGCUUGGAGCAUUUGCAGCUUGAAGCGCUUCGUCUCGCAAGUGCGAUUUUGGGGCUCAGUGGAAAGAAGUUUGCAAGGAAAGCCAAGCUCUUAACUGCGGAGGAGGCAAAGGCCAGAGCCGAUUUCCUGAAGCCGCACAUUGGUUCUCUCAGUGCCACGGUAUUAAGUCUUUUGAAGAAUCCCCCAACCAAAGCUGCUAAACGGGCAGAGGUAAUUCAGUUUUCUGUCGCGGUUGUUGAACUUUACCGAUCUGUUUUUCCAGAAAAAUCGUUGUCCGAGUUUAUUAACUCUGACGUGUCAGCAGCAGCUAUUGAAGCCCUCAACACCCCUGCUCUUCCGAAGGGGAGGUUGAGCAACUUAGUUGUCAAACUUCAAGAGUUACUUGGGCCGAAAAGUUAAUAUGCAGUCAGCUGUCUCCUUAGCAAUUUGUCCUCUGAAGGGACCAAGUCACUGUAAAGUAUCUGCCGAUAACCCAGAUGCAGGUUGAAAUUUUACCUUCAUGGUCUAGCUUGCUCUGUCGGGAGAGUGUUUGCUUUUGUGUAAUAUAAUUGAGCUAUACCAAUAUCGGAGUUAGAUACACUUCUGUGUGCUUUUGGUUCGUAUGCAGGACAGUAAACACAGGUGGAUCUUGGAGCCCUAUUUAUUGCCAUGGCAUAUCCGAGAAGUAGUUAGGUUUUUGACGGAGUGCUGCCAUCGCUUGUCACUUGGAUGGAAAGAGCGCUUGCAUGCUUCACAUCCACUUCGUAUUUAUAAACUAUCCAGCUAGUCCACUCAUUUUUGUCUGGGGUAGUAAUGAGGAAAGUAUUGUAUCGGCUGACGGUGUCUCUGAUGGUGAAUGAUUUGGUACGGACAAGUUCUUGUCUUGGCAAUAUAUGAGCAAG